AUGUACAUUGAGAACAUGAAGAACUUUGUAUUGACAUCGACGUUGUCCUGCGAAGUGUACAAGAGACAACCCGUUCCCUGCGAGGAGUGCAACGUUUUGUCCAGCUUGAGGCAAAACGUUAUCAAGGACUACGGCGCUACGUACGAUCACGCGAUAUUUUUGAAACGUCGUCGUUCGCUCGCCGCGAGAUACUUCCUGUCUUUCUCGAUAAUCAGACACGUCAUGAACACGGCGCAUCGAGUCCUGCCAACGGUGAUUUGCGACUUUCGACGUUACCGCGACCUCGGAAUGCUGACGUUGCGCGAUUUUCGAGAGACGAUUCUCAAAGACAUCAAGAGAGGCACCGUGACGAUCACCAAUAAAUUUUACACGGAAACGUACAGAGCCGUAGAAAAGUCGAGAGCGUUGAAAAUGAUCUCGAGAAAGCGACUGCCGCAACUUAUGAAGUGCCUGACAAACGUGUUCGUUCAGCAAAUCCUGAACGUGAUGAUGAGAUCGAUCGAUCACGUGAUACACGUGAUGAGAGACGAGCGUUAUUGUCCUCAGAUCGAAUUCCAAUUGACGUGCAAAGACGAUCGGCUAACGACCGAGCCGGACGUGGAAGAGGUGUUCUCGACGUAUCACGACAUCAUCAGGAACAUCGGAGGAAUUGCGCAGGAUCUGAUGCCCCUGGAGGAGUGGUUGGACGUCAGGGUGAAGGAAAGGUACAUAAAGAUUUCGCUUCCCGAAUGGUUCGUGGAAAGUUCUCACCGCAGCUUGCAGGAGAUACUCGACGCUCUGUUUCAGCCGGUGAACGAGCACGUGGAGUCCGUCUCCGCGGAGUUCAGCAGCGUGUACACAUCGAGCGCCCGGAAGAGAAUAUCGUCCUUGAUUUCCAAACAGCCGGACUUCGACGCGUAUCUCGCGCACAUAUACAGAUACAACGAGUACCUCGGGAAAGCAAACCUCAUGCUUUCCAAUCUGUAUUACAAAGUCGGCAAGUUGCAGCAGAACAGCGCCAGAGAGUCUCUGAAGCAGAUCUGCCGCGACGUCGUUAGCGUUCUCACGACAAAGCUCGUGAAUUACCAUCAGGAAUUCAAUCGUUCGAUCUGUUCGGAGUUUGAGGAUCUGAAAUCGACCGCGCUGGACGUGCGGAAGGACGCGGAGUCCCUGAUACAGUUGGCGGAGUACAUGUCGCGAGCCUUGAAGGUGCUGAUGAAGGAGCUCGAGCAGAAGAUACAACGUUCGAUCUACAUGCUGAGCAAACUGACAGAAAUCACAAUACUAACCGACGAGCACGUGGAUUUAAACAGAACCACUAUCAACUGGCUGCACGACAUUCAGCCAGUGUUCUCGCAGAACAACACCCUGUGCGAGGCGAUGAAGAGCGAACUGGAGGAGGAUCUUCAGCGUAGAAUAAAUACACUGAAUUCGGAGGUGGACGCGAUGUUCCCGCAACUCGUCAUACUGGAUGACAUGGACGACAUAAACAGAGUCGGGGAAUACGCGGAGCAUUACAAGAGCCUGAUGAAGAAGUACAAACGAUUAGACGACGAGAUGGUGGUUAUUAAUUCGGAGGAGAUGCUCUUCAAGUUUCCCGAAACGGAGUUUCCGAAGAUAAUCGAACUGAAGGAGACGAUCGUGCCGUUUUACACGCUCAUUCGCGUCAUCUGUCAGUGGAAGAGGGACCACUCGGUGUGGCUGAACGGUCCGUUCGAGUGCUUGGACGCUUCCGUGAUCGAGAGAAAGAUCGCUUACUACCACAACGAGAUCACGGAAAUGAGCAAGAGCAUGAAGGCGCGCAUCAAGAUGGACGCGACCUCGAACAAGGCCUACAAGUUCUCCGGCAUCGCCGACGAUCCCGAUCCGAUGCAGCAACCGGCGCCUUUGAGACUGUGCUGGCAAGCGCUGAACAACGUCAACGAGUUCAAGGUUUACCUGCCGCUCGCGGUCUGCAUGUGCAAUUCGGCUCUGAACGCGCGCCACUGGAAAGAGAUGUCCGCGAUCUGCAACUUCGAUCUCACGCCGAAUGCCGGAACAACUCUGAGGAAGAUGAUCGAUAUGAAUCUGAUGGACAAUAUCGACAAGUACAAAGCUAUAAGCCUGGGCGCCACCAAGGAGCUUCGCCUUCAGCGAGAACUCGCGGAGAUGACGAGGGAGUGGGAACCGAUUUCGUUCGAGAUGUCGAGGGACGAGGAAUCCGGAAUGAUGGUUUUCAAACACGCGAACGACAUCGAAGCGCUUCUGCGAGAGCAUCUCAUCAGAAUUGAGGAGAUGAGAGCGUCUCACUUCGUGAGACCAAUACUGAAAAGCGUUGUCGAUUUUUUCGACGUGCUCUCGACGAUUCAGGAAAUCUUCGAUCAAUGGACGCGCGUUCAAUUUCGCAAACUCCGCUUGGAGCCGAUAUUUUCUUACCGGCGAAUAGAAAUCCGUCUGAAUCGAGAGACUUCGUUGUACUUGGAAGCGACGGAAAUCUUGUCGGAGAUCAGCAACAGAUUCGCGGGCAAUUCGACUUUCGAGAGAAUCAAGAAAUCGCCGGAUUUGUUGGAAAUUCUAAACGAAGCUAACAAAAAAUUGGAAGAAGCGGCCAGAGGUGUGAAGAAUUACUUGGACGUUAAAAAGUUGUCUUUCUCAAGAUUCUUCUUUCUCGAAGAUUUGGAGAUUCAACAGAUAUUAUUCGAAUCGACUGACGUGGCGAAACAGCACGCGCUCGUGAAGAAAUGUUUUGCCGGCGUGGAACGAUUGAAGUUUGACAAAUCUAAUCGCUUACGGGGCGUCGUUGGAUCCUACGGAGAAAUCGUACGUUUAAACGGUAAUAUUUCCGUAUCAACUGACAACGAGCGCGAGGAGCAAUGGCUGAUUCAACUCGAGAAAGAACUGCGAGAGGCGGUUCGUCAGAAUAUUUUGCGACAUCAAAUUUUAAUUAACGAAAAUUUGACGUUUGACGAAUCUAUUGACGAUUUUCCGAGUAUGACGAUAGUUUGCGGUCUGCAGCUUUAUUGGACCUCGUCGGUGGAAAAAUGUUUCACCGCGCAGCAAGGCGCGGCGACGUUAGAUUCUCUGAGCGUAACGUACGCCAAUCGAAUAAACUCAGCAGUGAGAGAACUGAAAGGUAAAUUAACGCGGAGACGCAGAAAUUUGUUGACGUCGCUAAUCGUCAUCGCGUCGACUCACAGAGAGAUCGUGAGGUUGCUGCUGGACAAAGGCGCCGCCGAACGAACGGACUUCGAUUGGAUCGCGCAAUUGCGAUAUUAUCGAAACGACGAGAACGUCGAGGUGUCAACGUUCGACGCGACGAUCGAAUACGGUUACGAGUACAAUUAUUAUCGCCAGAACAUCGUCAACACACCCUUGACCGACAGAUGCUUUCGCACUGUUCUGCAGGCUUAUCGGUAUCACUUGUACGGCGCUGUUGUAGGUCCGACGAGCACCGGCAAGACGGAAACGAUCAAAAGCCUGACGGCCGCACUCGCGAAACUGUUCCGCGUCGUCAGCUGCGGCAACGGCGUUUCUCACAACCGCAUGAUGCAAAUAUUCAAAGGGGUGAUCUCGUGCGGAGCGUGGAUCUGUCUCGAGAACCUGGACGGUUUGAGAGCGGAACUGCUGUCGGCUAUCGCUCAGAAUCUUACCCAAAUGAGACAAGCGGUGUCGUCGAAAUUGAAGACCGUGAAUUUCGAAGGCUGCGAUUUGAACCUGAACGCAACCGGAAACAUAUGCGUCACCGUCGAUCCAUCAAAGCAAUUCGGCCGCGUCGAUCUGCCGGACAAUUUGAAGAUCUUCUUCCGCACGGUGUCCAUGACGGCGCCGGACGUCGACAAGAUCGCUGAGAUCGAACUCUUCGCCGGUGGGUUUCUUUGUGCGAAAGAUCUGGCGACAACAGUGACCUUAAGCUACAAGCUGUUAUCCGAAUAUCUGGGAAACAAUCGCCAAUACAACUUCAGCGCGUCGUCGCUGAAGACCGUUGUCGCGACCGCGAUCAGUAUGAGGCAAACGUUUCCGGACGAAGACGAACACACGCUGAUGCUACGCUCGAUGAUAGACGUCAAUAUUCCACAACUGCGCAACGUCGACGUGCCCAUUUUUCAGAGCAUCGUGCGGGAUGUCUUUCCCGAACCCGUCAAGCUCCGUUUCGACUGCGCGGACAUCUCGAACGCUCUUGAAAACGUGUGCGCGAAGAGGUGUUUGACACUGCAUUCGACCUUUAAACUGAAAGCCAUACAAAUCGUCGAGCUGAUGUACGUUCGUCGCGGUCUCGUGCUCGUCGGUGAACCUCUGGUCGGAAAGACGGAAAUCUUGCGCACACUCGCCGAGACGUUGUCGUUCUUGCGCGAUGAAAAAUCUAAAAUUGGCGCUGCGGUGAGACUCGAGACGAUCACGCCGGGAGUGAUUGACAGCAACGCGCUGUUCGGUCGUUUCUGCGACGAGUCCGGCGACUGGAAGGACGGAUUUUGCACCUCGAUUAUCCGUCGCUUUGCGAAAGACAGUUCGACGGAUCGCAAGUGGCUGGUGUUCGAUGGAACUCUGAGCGACACGUGGAUAGAAAACUUGUACACGACUCUGGACGAGAACAAGAUGCUGCACCUGGCGUCUGGAGAACGACUUCCGGUGAGAGAAUCAACGUCUAUCGUGUUUGAAACAACCAGCGCGACAGAAAUCUCACCUAGCAUAAUAUCUCGCUGCGGAAUAAUCUACAUCGACUCGCUGUCUAUCGGCUGGAGACCGUACGCGCUGUCUCACAUCACGAAACACAGUAUUUACGACGGUCACGAGGAAGUUCUGCGCGCGAUGUUCGACUGGGCGAUGGAACCCUGUUUGAAUUUUUUGAAAGAAAGCGGCGACGUGCGGGCGAGUCGGGAAUUGCAUCUCGUCACGUCAACUCUAAAUUUGUUCGAGAUGUUAAUGAGAGAAGCCAGGGAAGACGCCGCGAAGGACGAGAAGAAGGACAGUCACUUUGUCGUUUGGGCCCAAGCGGCUUUAAUUCUGGCUCUCGUUUGGGGAUUAGGCGAGAAUCUAAUUGACGAUUCCCAGACUCGAUUCAACGCUUUCUGCGUGUCGCUGUGGAACGGCACGGACACGACACGUCCGAAACCCGAUGCGAUCAAACAGUUCGACGUGACGUUGCCCAGCGAGGGUUUGAUUCAGGACAAUUUCUACAUCUUUCAGGGCGUUGGAAACUGGAAACACUGGGCCGAUCUACUGAAACACGAAAAGAUCCCCGAAGUAUGCGAUUCCAGUUCGAUUUUCAUCCCGAACGUUAGUAGCAUGAAAUACAAUCACAUGUUCUUGAAACACGUUAAGUACCGGAAGCCUUUUCUCUUGUACGGCGACGUAGCCGUCGGAAAGUCAUGUCUCAUGCGCGAUCUUCUGAACGACAAACUACCGGAAAACUGUCUCUCCAACUAUUUUAGCUUUACUUCUAUGAUUUCCGUGUGCAGAACGCGGAGAUUGUUGUUGUCAAAAUUGAACAAAAUACGACGCACCGAGUACGGGCCAGGAAAAAAUCAGUUCUGCGUGAACUUCGUCGACGACGUGAACACGGGAACCUUGCAAAGACCGGGAACGCAAUGCGUGUUCGAACUGUUGCGCCAACUUCUCAGCUACAAUUACUGCUACGACGAGAACGAACUGAGUAAAAUAUUUUUACACGAUGUUACGUUCGCCAUCGCGAUCACGGGAAAGAUCGACGGCAACAUUCCUCUUAGAUUUCUGAGUCAUUUCAACACCUACGCAAUUCCCGCUCCCACGCCGGAUAAUAUAUUCAGAACGUACUCCAACGUGCUGCUUGCUAACAUGAAGAAGAAUCUGUUUGCAGCGGAUGUCACGGGAAGUGUAACGAGUAUGGUGAACGCGACGAUCAACGUUUACAAUUCCGUAGCGAAGACCUUGCGACCUGUCCCCGGCAAAUUGUAUUACUACUUCGACAUGAGAGAUAUUUCGAGAGUUAUCAGCGGCUGCGGUUUGAUCCAGAAGGAAUCGGUGGAGACGAAGAUAACGUUCAUUCGGCUGUGGGCGCACGAGAUCUUACGCGUGUUCAGAGAUCGCAUGACGGACGAAAGCGACAAAGAAUGGCUCUUCUUGAGAAUCCGCGACGCAGUGAAGAGCAACUUCAAGGACUCGUUCGAGGUCGCUUUCGAUCACUUGCCUAAGUCCGCGAAUAAUCAGAUCACCACGGAUAGCUUCAACGAUCUGAUAUUUGGAAACUUCAUGGACGCAGAGAAAGGCGCCAAAUGCGUCAAGCGAUACGAAGAGAUCGGUUCCGUGGACGCCCUGAAGAAUAAGAUAUUUGCUUAUUUAGACGAAUACAACGCCAGAUCCAAAAGAAAAUUGGAUAUCGUUGUUUGUCGUUACGUGUUGGAAUCUCUGAUUAAAAUCUCCAGAAUUCUCAGCAUACCGGGCGGAAGCGUGUUGAUGAUAUCUUCCGUAGGUUCCGGCAGGAAGUCCGUUACUGCUCUCGCCGCCUUCAUGCAGCAGCAGAGCUUGUUCGAGAUCACUACCGAGUCUUACUACAACUUAAAUGUGUGGAGAGACAAUCUGAAGAGAGUUCUACGUGAAUGCGGAGCGUUGCGACGGGACGUUACGUAUUUCAUGACGGAAAGACAGAUGAAAGACGCGUUCUUGAGCGACAUAAGUUGUCUGUUGAGCACCGGAGAACUUCCCGAUUUGUUUUCUAACGAGGACAGACAAAAUAUAAUCGAGACGACGCGACUUCACGCACAGGGCGGUGAUUGACACGCGGAACUCAGCGCGCGUUCGGUGAUGAAGUACUUCGUGGAACAGUGCAAGAACAGAUUACACUUCGUUCUUUGCUUCAGUCCUACCAGCGCCGCGUUCAGAACGUAUUUGUGUUCGCAUCCUAACUUGGCGAAACACUGCGCGGUUAAUUACAAUCAGGUUUGGCCCGACGAAGCGUUUCUGGAGAUCGCUAUGAGGCACAUGAAGAACGUCAACGUCAACGAAGAAGUUAAAAUUCACGCGGCAAGAGCAUGCGUGCAGUUUCACAACAGCGCGAAAGAGAUGAGUUCGAAAUAUCGUGAAACGUUCGGUAGAAUGAUUCACGUGACGUCAUCGGCCUUUCUGCACAUGCUGAAAUUGUUCACGCGACUGACGUCAAAGAAACAGGAAGAAAUUGUCGCGACACGGAACAGAUACUUAGCGGGAUUGGAAAAGUUGGAAAUGGCGGCUGAACAGGUCGAGCAGAUGAAGGCAACGCUCACGAGAUUGAAACCUCAAUUGGAAUUAUCCGCUCAACAGACCGUGAUUACUAUGAAGGAAGUGGAGAACGAGAACAUCACCGUGGAGCAAGCAACGAAAGUCGUGAAAGAAGAAGAGGAAAUAGCGAAUAAGAAGGCAGAGAUCGCGGGUGCUUUAAAAACGGAAUGCGAGGCCGAACUUGCUGUCGCCAUACCGAUCCUGGAGGACGCGGUGAUAGCGCUGAACACUUUGAAGCCGACCGACAUCACGCUGGUGAAGGCAAUGAAGAACCCGCCCGACACCAUCAAGCUGGUGAUGGCGGCUGUUUGCGUAAUGCUAGGCGUACCGCCGGAUCGCAGCCUCGAUCCAGUCACUGGGAAGAAGUUUACGGACUACUGGGGCCCCAGCAAGCGUAUUCUAGGCGACAUGAACUUCUUGCAAAACCUGAAAGAUUACGACAAGGACAACAUACCGCCCGCAGUGAUGCAGGUCAUCAAGAAGACGUACAUGACGGACAACAGCUUCAUGCCGCACAUAGUCGCGAAAGCGUCCAGCGCUGCUGAAGGUCUAUGCAAGUGGGUGCGCGCGAUGGUGUCCUACGACGAAGUGGCGAAGGUGGUGGCGCCCAAGAAGAAGAAACUGGCCGCGGCUCAGAGAGAAUGCGACGAGGCGGAGGCGUUCCUGAACGAGAAACGACAAACUCUGGCCGCCCUGAAUGCAAAGCUGGCCGCGCUCAACGACAGUCUGCGGCAAACGUUACAGAAGAAACUAAAUCUGGAGAAUGAAGUUGCGACGUGCACCGCCAAGCUGGUCAAAGCCGAGAAGCUGAUCGCCAGCCUAGGCGGUGAGAAGAGCCACUGGAUGCAGUGCGCUCACAAUCUGCAGAUGAACAACGACAGUAUGGCGGGUGAUAUGCUGCUCUCGUGCGGGAUCAUAGCCUACAUGGCGUCUUACAACACUUCGUUUCGCGACAAGAUGCUGACCAAAUGGAAAGAGCUCAUGAACGCCUUCGAGAUACCUUACACUAAGAGUUACGACUUCGUGAGCGUUCUCGGCGUGGAAAUCGAGAUCAAUCAUUGGCAGCUUUACGGUCUAUCGGAGAAUCGUUUCGCGGUGGAAAACGCCAUUAUCCUAAAUAAUUCGUGGCAGUGGUGUCUCUUCAUCGAUUCGCAGAAUCAGAUAAAUCAGUGGAUCAAGAAGAUCGAACAGAAGAACGACUUGAAAGUGAUCAAACUGACUGAUUCAGAUUACAUUUCGGUUAUUACUCGGAACAUCGAAGAUGGUGUUCCGGUGCUGUUGGAAAACGUCGGGGAGAGACUCGAGAUCGCGCUGGAACCGAUCCUGUUGAAGAAUAUUUACCUAGAUGAAACUUGGUAUAUCGAUGUCGGAACCAAAUCUGUCAAGUAUUCGCAGAAAUUUCGACUUUACAUCACCACGAGACUGUCGAAUCCGAAUUACACAGCUGACGUUUUCAGCAAGCUCACGAUCAUUGACUUCUCGAUGCCGGACGGGACUCUUCGGGACAAGCUUCUGGACAUCGUCAUUUCGAAGGAGAGGCCGGAAAUUCAGGAGAAAUUUGAAGCAUUGCGUAUUCAAGACGCAGCCAACAAGAAGGUGCUUCAGCAACAGGAAGACAACAUCUUGAGCAUCCUCUCGUCAACCACCACGAAUAUCCUCGAGGACGAAAGCGCGAUACAGACCUUGGAUUCCUCCAAGACUCUCGCCGUGGACAUCAUGAGAAGGCAGGAAGAAGCCAGAGCGAUGACGCGGGACAUCAACAAGUUCAGAGACGCGUAUCUCCAAUUUGCCGAACACUGCGCGGGAUUGUUCUGCACGUUAAAUACCCUGUCCAACUUGAAUCACAUGUAUCGCUUCUCAUUUUCAUGGUUCAUCCAGUUGUACAUCACCUCGAUCGAGACAUCUAACAGAAGCGUCGUUCUCGAGAAGCGACUGCACUUCUUGAAGUCUUCCUUCACGAGAAACCUUCAUUCAAGCGUCUGCAGAUCCCUCUUUGAAAAACACAAACUCUUAUAUUCGUUUCUGCUUUGCGUGAAAAUUCUGAUAGACACCGGACAGACCACACAACAGGAAGUUGAGUACUUCAUCUCCCCGGGAUCUCUUCGGGAUUGCGAAUAUACGAUUCACGAAUCAGUGCCGGAAUGGUUGUCGACGGAUAAGUGGACGCAAAUUUGCAAGUUGAGCAAAACGUUUCCUCGUUUGCACGAACUUGCGGAUGAUUUUCGCUCGAACGACGUAGCUUGGAAAAACUAUUGCGACGCGGUGCCGUUUCAAAGCGACUCGAUGCCGAAAAAGUGGCGCGACAAUUUGACACGGUUUCAGAAGCUGAUGCUCGUCAGGAUCAUAAGAUGCGACAAGAUCGUCGUGGAAACGAUGCGUCUGAUAGGAGACACUAUGGAAGACGUGUUUAACACUUAUCCGCGUCAGAUAUUCAAAUCGUACGCGGAGUCCAGCUGCCUCACCCCGAUUAUAUUCAUCCUCCCGUGUUACGUCUCGCCUCUGUCGCUCGUUUCCGCGUACGCGAGCGCGCGAGGAUACACCUCGAAGUUCGUUUCUCUGUCCAUGGGUGACGAACAGUCGGGCAACGCCGAGAUUCUGGUGGAACGCGCGCGGAGGGAAGGAGGAUGGAUAUUUCUGCAGAAUUGUCACCAGGUUGCUUCGUGGAUACCGCGACUCGAGAGAAUCUGCGAGAGUCUCAGUCUGUCCGGCACGUCUCUGGAUUUCCGACUGUGGCUCUCCAGCCUCUCAAUUCCGGAAUUCCCGAUCAGCAUCUUGCAAAACAGCGUGAAGAUCGCGUACGACUAUCCGCUUCAACUGAAGCAGAGCUUGCUGAAGAUGUACCGAUCGGAUCCUAUAAGCAGGAAAGAAUUCUUCGAAGGCUGUCCCGGCAAGGAUAAGGAGUUCUCCAAGCUCCUGUACGGAUUUUGCUUCUUCCACGGCAUCGUCAGGGAGAGAAGACACUUCGGCCAGCAAGGAUGGAACGUACCGUACGACUUCGAUCACGCGGAUUUCGAGAUAUCCGUCAGCCAAUUGCGGAAUCUGAUCAACGAAGCCGACGGCGUGCCGUUCGACACGUUGAUCUAUCUUGUCGGCGAGUGCAAUUACGGCGGAAAGAUCGCGGACGAUUUUGAUCGGACGUGUCUGCGAUGUUUGUUGGAUUGCUUUUGCAACAUCGAUGUGAUCGCCGACGGCAAAAACUCAUUUUCCGAUUGCGCGCAUCGCUUGAUACCGCAGAGAUGCGAGUAUCGCGACGUCGUCAUUCACAUCAACGAAAUGCGGCUGGACGCGUCGCCGGAAGCUUACGCCUCCGACGAAAACGCUCUCAUCGCUAAGGACACCGCGAUCGCCAGAGAAUUUUUAAAUUCGAUAUCUCGUCUGGAUCGAGACGUUCGAUUGUCAAAUCACGAACUUAUCGCGCCUGAUAGCGCACUGCGAGCGAUCGACGAGAUCGAUGACAAAUUGCCCGCGUUGUUUAACAUCAACGAUAUACGGGACGAACAUCGUUUUAUCUCGGGCGAACCGUUGAGCGCGAUUCUUCUUCACGAAGCCGAGUCGAUUAAUUGGAUCUUGGCUGUAAUCAAGGACUCAUUAAACAAUUUGCGAUCGGCGUUAAACGGCGAGAUCGUUUUGACGGAUUCUCUGGAAGAUCUGUCGAAAGAAAUACGCGAUCGCAAGGUUCCGCGCAUUUGGAGACUGACCGAUGUCGGAAUCGCAACCAAGUGUUUGCCAAAUUUCAUCGAUCUGCUCUUGAAACGUGCGAAUUUUGUGGAAACCUGGCGUCGCGAGAACGACGUGCCUCGCGUCAUCCAUCUCGACGCGCUCUCGUGCUGCAGACGAUUUUUAUGCGCGAUUCUACUCGCGUUUUCCCGACGUCACAACGUGCCCGUCAAACGAAUCGCAUUAAAUCUCCGAGCGGGAGAACAUUCCGAUCUCAAUGGAACGGAAAACGUUGACGACGCGUAUUACAUUCACGAUUUACAUCUGUCCGGAGCUAGGUGGGACGCGCAGAGGUGUUUACUGAUCGGGAGUUCGACGAAUGUGUUCUGGCACAAUAUGCCAUCGAUACGUUUGACAUUCAGCGACGGAACAAGGUCUGUUGACGACAACGUUUACGAAUGCCCCGUGUACACGUCGCCGUUACAGUGCGAAGAGGACGUCGGCACGAGCAGGAACAACAGAAGAAGUUGUAUUGUCACUGUGCCUUUGGAAACCGACAAGUCGCGCACGUACUGGAUAAAACGUGGCACGGCAUUGUUCUGUCAAAUUGACAAUUAAUUAACACGUGCGAGUUUUUGU